AUGCAAGCUGCAUUAGGCGAGGUGGAGAAACCUGCAAAGCGAGGAAAGAAAGCAGUUGUCAAGAAAGAAGCAACCGAAGAGUCCUCUUCCAAACCAACUAAGGCAAAGAAAUGGAAAGCUGACAAGGGUGAUUCCUCUGCACCAAAGAAAGUCAAGAAAAUGGCUCGCAGAAAACGAACUCCUUCACCUUCACAUUCCGAACAAAAACAAGAGCAGUCUGCAGGUGAAGAAGAGGAAAAGCAACAUGAUGGUUCACCUAGGGGUAAUACACCUCCUAGGCCUCCAACUCCGGUGGAAGUUGUCGAUGAUUCUGUUCCUACACCCCCUUCAUCUCCACCCAAGACAACAGUUCAAGAUUCGGUUCCAGCUCCACCUGUAUCUCAACCUGCUUCUACAAUUGCUUCACCACCACCUGUUACUUCUCCCAUCAUCACUGCUUCAAUACCAACUCCUAUUUUCUCCAAAGCAACCUUCACUACAACACCUAUCAUCACCUUUACCACAGAUUCUUCUGUCAACGUCAACACAUCUGAUGUGGGGGCGAAGACUGAAGAACCCCCUAAAGUCACAACCGAGCCAAUUUCCCAAACUCUUUCUGAUGAUUCUAAUCCAAUUUUUGGAGGAGCUAAGUUUAAGUUUGAUUUUACUUACUAUAGGACCUACUGA